GUAACUUUGUGGAUGGGUGUCUUUUUUCUUCUCUCUUUUUCUUUUUUCUUUGAUAUUAUAAUUUAGAUGUAGAUAAUACUAUAUCUCUAUUUUAAAAUUUGGGUACUUUAUUUUUAAUUUUUUGCAAGCCUUUUUACUCACUAGUGGCUGGGCACUCUGGCUUUGUCCAGUCAACCUCAGCUGAAAGUAGACACAAACAACCACCCAGCCUACAAAUGGCCACAAAAGAUUGCCGGCUCUCCUUCCAGGAGAUCAUGGAGCUGACCGAGCUGCCGGUCGACGCCGAGGCCGCCCAGCGCGGCGUGGUCCGUCGUUUCAUGAGCCGCCGGCCGGCCUGGCUUCCCGGCUCCGACAUUGAGCGCAUUGAGGAACUCUGCGGCGAGGGCAAGCCGCUCUGGCAUGCUCCGCUCGCCAGCUUCGGGGGCCACGUGUACGCACAGUCGGGAAUGGCGGCCGCUCGCGUUGUGGAUGCCGAGGAGCAGACAGGGCCAAGCGAUGAGAGGCAACGAAGGCGGGGGUUGCAUACAAUACACGGCUACUUCACCACGUUUGUCUUCAGCGACAGGCCCAUCUUUUACGAGGUCUCACCCAUAACAAAUGCACAAUUCUCCUUCAAGACCUACCUGGUCACGGCACGGCAGCCGAGCGAAAGUUCGUCUAAGCCGCCCCGGCGCGGCUGGGACUGUCCCGGUGGCAACAACAGCUUCCGCUUUCCCGACAAGGAUGCCAAACGCCAGCGCUGGUCCGACCUGAAACCCAUCUGCUUCUCAGCCACAGUGUCCUUCAAGCUGCCCGAGCCGCAUGCCGCCGGCGUCAGCGAGCAGGAGAAGUCGGCGCAGCGACGAUUCUCCUCCAUCCUGGCCCUCCGUCGGCCCGAGGACUGGCUCCCCGCGCCGCGGCUGGAUGUCGACGGCGUCCUGGCGGCGCUGGAGCGGCGGGGAGACGUGGACUGCCGGCUCCGGGUCGGCUCGUUUCCGGCGCUCGACAUGAAGAAGGUCGACAUGACCGCGUACAACGCCGGCAGGCCGCUGUUUGAACAGCGCCAGCUGAUCCUGUACAGGAUCCUCCAGCCUUUGAAAGGCGCCGACGCCGUCAACGGCAACGCCCACGCCCUGGUGCACGCCUACGAGGCCGAUCGCAAUGGCCUGCUGAUGGCCUGGAACGCCCUCAAAUUCAGAUCUCGGAUGAAGAUGGUGACGUCUAUGAGCAACUCGUUUGUGGUGCACACCAACCUCGAUGACGCCACCAUGAGACACGAGAGCCAGACGUCCGAUGGAAAGUCUGAGUGGUGGCUUCAAGAAGUGUUCUACACGCGAGCCGCCAACGGGAGGGUCUUCAUGGAGGCCAAGAUCUGGAGUCCGCAGGGUGUGCACGUUGCGACUAUUUAUCAGGAUGGCAUGGUUAGAGCAGAAUCAGAAGAUGCUGACACGGUUAGGCAAGUUAGACUCUAGACUAGAAGUAUAAUAGACUUUUCCGUUGCGCCAACAGUGCUGCGUCUAUUGUCAGCACACUUGAUGUCCUGCCCUAAAGUUGGGUGUUGAUGCUACACAACAAAUUCGGUGUCUCUCUCCCUCUGAUACCAACAGAACCCUCGUUCACCCAAACGUACUGAUACCAAAUGUACCCAUUUCUUCGAAUUCAGCAUCCAUGUCUGUUUGCAGCCCGUCCCCUGACUGCGGCCACAAUCCGGCAAAAUCAGCAAAUAUUUCCAUGCCGUCUUCCUCAUAGUCGCUGGCAAAAUAUCGACUCUCGUACUUAAAUGUUGGGAAAGCCAGUUCAUUCUCGUCCUCCUCUUCUUCACAGUCGAUUUCACCCUUCGUCGAUGCAAGGUUGGCCUGUGGGUUUGGCGGUCCGGUCGAUGAAUGAAAUGACGGCAGUGGUACACUCCAGGUUGCCAUCUGGAUGCUUACCAGCGGCUGCCUCGGUCUAAACAGAACAAGUGGGUUCCGACAUGAUCCGGAAAGAAGCACUGGACGCGUGGCUGAAACAAACGGCCGGGAGAUAAUUUGGGCUCGGGCGGCAACAAGAUGAGCAGCGGGAUCUCUGACUGCUCGUCUCUGGCUAGGCGCCCCGUUGGAUGGCUUUUCCGUGUGCAAGGCAGACACACUGGUACUGACAGGCUGCCGCAGCUGCCAUGUCCCCUUUUCGAUAUGACUAUUACUGACACCAGCAGCUGGGUCAGUCGAUAUUUGUGUGCUCCCUGCGUCAGGAAAAGCCAAACUUUCUAUGCCAAGCGCAUCGGUAUGGGGAUCUGCGUCAAUCACCGCAGAUUCCCCCGCCCUACUGAUAUCAUCAUUUCCUCGCUUCUUUCUUUCCAAAAGUUGCUCAUCGGCUUCUUGUACCUCAGUACGCUGCUGCAGCAUACCCCUGAGGAAUAUCUGCCGUCGGGCUAAAGCACCUUGCGAUAACCUGGCUUGCUUCCAGCCGCGUGGUCCGGUAUCGCUGCGACCAGCCGUACCAUAAGUCGAGAGGUCGGUUGACCCCGGCGUGCUUGAUGGUUCUGAUAGUGGACUCGUAGUCUGAUUCCAACUAAGCCGGCGUCUUUUCUUGGCCACCUCCGCCGUGUGUGGGCCAUCCACGUCGGACCUGGAUCUGGGAUUUUUUGGAGUCUUCUGAACCACGCCUGCUGAGAGCUGUUGCUCGGAGAGCAGCUUUACGUGGUUGUUCCGGCGAAUAGUCAUCGAUUUGUCUGGAACAGAUAGAAAGACCGAGGUGGCACAAUUGCUGGACUGGUGACAUCGUGGAGAUCCUGAGACGAUUCCAGUAUCAAUAACAGCAUUGUCUUGUGUCUGGAAAGCUUCUAGGUCUUGCCCUUGGUCCGAGUCGGUACAAGCCGGGGAGACCGAAAUACGCGUGAACCGUGUAUUCUUAGUCGUACCCAAAGUUGGCUCCAUUGAAGUGGACGGAUAAGACGACAAGGCUGUACAGGAUUGGGUCAGUGAUUUGAUAAGAGCCCUAUCAGACCUCUGCACCUCCAAAUCGGCAAUCCGAAACCCAGUGGCUGCCAAUAUUCUUUCCAGUUUCACUUCGAACAACGGAUCCUCGGGUGCUUGCGGCAGACGCUUUUGUGAUGUCUUGCUAGCCGGCCACGUUGCGGAUACAACAGUUCCCCGGACCCCAGCUGCCUGACAGCAUGCUGGCAAUGCUGUAGCUAAACUUUGUCCCUGGAGCUGGUCUGCAACGGCGCUCAAAACAUUCAUUGGGCCCAGUAAAGUCAUCAUAUGCCGUACGCGAUGGUAAGAUGCGACGGGAUAUCAACCUGGGCAGGUCAAAACUUUUGUGACGUUGCUUCACACCUCGAGUCCUGUGAGGCAUACAAGCGAUAUUAUGCCCUAGAAUGUAGAAUUUGCAGGGCGGCAAAGGAAAAUAAACGUCCUCCCAGACCCUAUGGCAAGAAGAGCAACAAAUGAAAGCGACCUGCAAGCGCUAUCUGCGCCAUGGGUGCUAGGUAGCGUCGUCGGGAUUGUCAGGGGUACAGAUCGAGACACAGUUUUGAUCGGAUAAAUGCUGAGAGUUUGACUCUAUUUUUUGCAAGCAAUGUCCAAGUCGAUACCCUAGUCGAUGAUGAUGAUGAUGAUGAUGAU